GAGAGAGUGAGAGAGUGAGCGGGCGAGCGGAGGAGGAACGAGGGAUGACAGAGAGGGCGAGCGACACACAGCCUCUCUCUCUCUUUUUCUGUUUUCUGUUUUCGUUUCUCUUCAUCAGACGGACGAUUCUUCAUCUUCAUUUUCAUCCUCAUCCUCAUCCUCAUCUUCAUCACCUCCCUCUCUCUCCCCCUCUCUGGAUAAACGAGGGAGGAUGGAGUGAUGCUCUGAGCUGUCCGUCAUGUCUCUCUGCUUCGUUAACGUGUCCAGGAAACGACACCUAACGAGCUUCUUCUCCUCCUGCUGCUGCCGCUGAGAGCCUCCUCUCCCUCUGUGUGCCUCUUCUUCUCUGGUGGCUGGUUAAUUAUUCAUCCGUCACUCCGUCAGUCUUUAUGUAACAGCCGUCCUCCUGAAGACAGAGAGAGAGAGAGACAGACAGGCAGAGAGAGAGACAGGAAGUGAUGUUUGUGUCGGUGUGGUACGCCAAGAAGAUGGGAAGACGAUUCAUCAACAACGUGAGGCGUGCAAAGAGACACAGGCAGAGGAUGAUGAUGAACGGAUCAGAAGGAGAGCUGGAGUACGAAGAGAUCACUCUGGAGAGGGGGAACUCCGGUCUGGGCUUCAGCAUUGCAGGAGGAACCGAUAAUCCUCACAUCGGAGAUGACCCGUCCAUCUUUAUCACCAAGAUCAUUCCCGGAGGAGCAGCCGCCCAGGACGGACGCCUCAGGGUGAAUGACAGCAUUGUAUUUGUUAACGAUGUGGAUGUCCGCGAGGUCACUCACUCCAUCGCCGUGGAGGCACUAAAGGAGGCGGGGCCUGUCGUCAGGCUGUAUGUCCUGCGGCGACGCCCACCAAGCGAACGCAUCACACAGAUCAAACUGAUGAAGGGACCUAAAGGUCUGGGCUUCAGUAUAGCAGGCGGUGUAGGGAACCAACACGUUCCCGGAGACAACAGCAUUUAUGUCACCAAGAUCAUCGAGGGUGGAGCAGCACAUCGGGACGGAAGGCUACAGAUCGGGGACAAAAUAUUGGCAGUGAACCAGGUGUCCCUGGAGGACAUCCUGCAUGAGGAUGCCGUGGUAGCCCUGAAGAACACAGGGGAGGUGGUGUACCUGAAGGUGGCUACGCCCACCUCGCAGUACAUCCACCCUGCUGAUCGGUACAGCCCCCCCGACCUGACCAGCUCCUACAUGGAGCCUGACUACAUGUGUGAUUACCCACAUGCCCUCCCUCCUCCGUCACCACGACGAUACUCACCUAUUCCCCGAGGCAUGAUGGGAGAGGACGAUUACUCCCGGGAGCCCCGCCGGGUCUGCGUCCAGCGGGGGUCCACCGGUCUGGGCUUCAACAUCGUGGGUGGAGAAGAUGGAGAGGGGAUCUUCAUCUCCUUCAUCCUGGCAGGAGGACCAGCAGACCUGAGCGGAGAGCUCCGGAAGGGAGACCAGAUCCUCAGUGUGAACGGUGUGGAUCUCAGGUAUGCGACACAUGAACAGGCAGCAGCAGCUCUGAAGAACGCCGGACAGACUGUUACCAUCGUAGCACAGUACAGACCUGAAGAGUACAGUCGCUUUGAAGCAAAGAUCCAUGACCUGAGGGAGCAGAUGAUGAACAGCUCAUCUGGAAGUCUGAGAGCCAACCGCAGCUUCUACCUCAGGGCAUUGUUUGACUACGAUAAGCAGUGGGACUGUGGCGUCCUAUCACAAGCUCUGGACUUUAACUUUGGGGAGGUGCUCCAUGUGAUGGACAGCGCAGAUGAUGAGUGGUGGCAGGCCAGACGGGUGAACCAGCAGGGGGAGCUGGAGGAAGUGGGAUACAUCCCGUCCAAACACAGAGUGGAGAGAAAAGAGUGGUCACGCAUGAAGAGUAAAGGUCGGGAAGGUUUCGUCCACAGCUACGAGCUCAUCACUCAAAUUGAAGUGGACUAUGCUCGUCCCGUCAUCAUCCUGGGGCCGACCAAAGACAGAGUCAACGACGACCUGCUCUCCGAGUUCCCCGACAAGUUUGGCUCCUGCGUCCCUCACACAACUCGCCCUCGGAGGGACUAUGAGGUCGACGGGCGGGACUACCACUUUGUGGGGUCACGGGAACAGAUGGAGCGAGACAUCCAGUCCCAUCGCUUCAUCGAGGCGGGCCAGUACAACAACCACCUCUACGGGACGUCGGUGCAGAGCGUCAGACAGGUGGCCGAGCAGGGGAAACACUGCAUCCUGGACGUGUCAGCCAACGCAGUGAGGAGGCUGCAGGCGGCUCAGCUUCACCCCAUCGCCAUCUUCAUCAGACCUCGCUCACUGGAGAACAUCCUGGAUCUGAACAAGCGUCUGUCAGAGGACCAGGCGAGGAAAGCUCUGGAUCGAGCCAUCAAACUGGAACAAGACUUCCUGGAGUGUUUCACAGCCAUCGUGCACGGCGACAGUUUCGAGGAGGUGUACCACCUGGUCAAAGCCGUCAUCGAGGAGCAGAGCGGCCCUUAUAUCUGGGUUCCCGCUCGUGACAGACUCUGAUUGGCCACUGCCAGCAACUGACGUUGUCUCCAUGGAAACAGCCGCCAACUGCCCCUUGCCCUCUUCCAUGACCACACCACCCCCUCCUCCUCCUCCUCUUCCUCCUCUUAGCGGCGUGACCUGACCGAGAGCAGACGUUUGUCUUUUUACUGUUUUUGUUUUCUUUCUGAUGCCGAGCGAGCACAGUGAUUGGACGGAUGCUGUACCCAUGGCAACCAAGUGAGAUGUGUUUUUUAAAGAAGAGGGUGGAGCUGUCCAUGUGUCAGAGGAUCAGAUAAGGACAGAUGAUUGAUUGAUUGGUUGAUUGAUUGAUCCUGUAUUAUCAGUAAAUAAUGAAUCAGGACUGUAGAGUUCAGUUGGUAUUGAAGUAUUUAUAUUAUCCUAUUUAUUUAUUGAUUUAUCUAUUUAUUUAUUUAAUUAUUUAUUUAUUUAUGUGAU